AUGGAGGUUGAGGAACCCUCAAGACCAGACGGGCUGCGAUACACCUUGCGUGAUGGUGUGGAGCUCAACCUCUACGUAUCUACUGUUCCUUGUGGCGACGCGUCAAUGCGCUUUCUUGCCUCAGUACAGGACGAAGAGACGGCCUCGUUGAAGAAUAGCUCCGUGUUCCCUACCCUCGACUCCACCGAAGCCUCUCGUGGACGGGACAACUACACCCGCCUAGGCGUCCUACGGACGAAGCCUGGACGCGCAGAUUCUCCCCCGACGUUGUGCAUGUCCUGCAGCGACAAGAUAGCGCGAUGGAACGUCCUCGGCAUUCAAGGCGCACUGGGAUCGUAUUUGCUCGCACCAAUUUAUUUGUCAAAUGUGAUCAUUGGAGAGAUUCCGGAUGACAUGCGGGAAGUCGUGAGGGAGGACUGCGAACGCGCGUUCUGGAAGAGAGUUGAAGGCGGGUUCGAAGGCUUCCGAGGGGGUUUCUCACUGCAUCAUCCUCAAGUGCACUUUACCAGCAUUUCAUUCUCCCAUUCGCGUACCAUACUGUUAUCGCCUUCUUCCUGCGUCGAAUCAUUAUGCUGGACGAGUGGUUCCCAACGUUCAGAAGUUCUGAUCAACGGGCUAAAACGAGGCGUAUCACCAAAGCACCGAUAUAGGGAGAAAUCAAGACCUCUAGUAUCUCGAAUAGCCUUGUUUAGCUUAGUCAAUGAAAUUAUGGCGGUUUGUGGCCAACAGUUCAACAACAGAGAAACAUAUCUGGGACGCAAAUUACGUGCCGAUGAUCAUCAAGGCGCCAAAAUCCGACUAGUAGGACCCGAUGGGCCCUUCGCGGGUUGGAUCACAACUGGAGUCCAAUGGCAGUUUUUUACCCUUGACGGAGAAGUAGAAGAACCUCCUCCAGCUGCUGUUGCCGAGGUAGACAAAUGA